AAUUGUCUGAGGAAGACGUUGGACUUCUGAUCCUCCUGUCUCUACCUCCCAAGUGCUAGGAUUACAGGCAAGCAUUACUUCAGGUGAAUGGGGUGCUCAGGAUGGAACCCAGGCUGGCAUGCAUGCUAGGCAAGCUCUACCAACAUCCCCGGAGCUAAGUUUGAACGCAUGCCAGGCCCAGGUGGAGGUUCGAUGUUUCUCAUCAAAUCUUCACACAAUACUCUGAAGGAAGCCACCUACUCCCAAGUCUACAGACUGAAGCUCCAGAGACAAAAUUGUCAAGCUUGUCAAGUCCCUCCCCUAGGACUUAUACUUAGCCCUAGUGGGAAUUGUGAAGGGAACAGAAGGUGAUGGGAAGCAGAGCAGGAAGUCAGGGACAGAGUGUGGGAGAGGAGUGUGUCAUCAUGGGCGACCGUGACUCAUUCUCUGUCAUCCCUAGGGAUCUGACCCAAGUCACCCAGGUCGGAGCACACUCAAUAUUGGGAUCUUUCCCAUACUGGAGGAACUGGCCGUCCAUUUCGGGAGAGUGAGGGUGGCGGUGGAGAGGAAGCCAGGGUCUCUUCCUGUACGAAUUGGUAUGGAGAGAGGUGCAAAGCACAAGGACCCCAAUCUCCACCUGGAAAGGUGGGAACUCUUUCUCCAGGGCUUUCUUGACGGUAGGCUGAGCUAUAGUGGAUUUAGAAGUGAUGUGCACAUGGGAUAGGCAUCUAGUUCCUCCCAAGUCCAGUUCUGCUGGUCCAUGCUGGAUCCAGAGACCUCACUUCAUACCCACGCCCUGCUCCUGGUAAGGGUCACCUUGGAGAGAGAAGCCGUCCAAGGCGGCCCAGGUGCUCCCUGCAGUCGCGCCCCUCCGUGACAGAGUCCCGGUGGUGGAGAUGCAGGCAUCUCGGAGCCCGCAGGGACCGCCCGCGCCCGGCGCCCUCGGUGCCUCUCGCGGCAACUGGGAGCUGAUGUCAUGGGCACCUCCGCGCGCAGCGGCCCCAGGCGGUGAGGCAGUGCCGACUCCCGGGAUCCUUCAAUUCCCACGCAGUCCUCGGGUCACGCCGGCCACCCGGGGUCUCCUGAGACCCCGCGCCAUUUGCAAACGCAAUGGACGGGGCUAGGGAAGGAUCGGACACAGAGCUGCAGAGGAAACUAGAUCAUGAGAUCCGGAUGAGGGAAGGGGCCUGCAAGCUACUGGCAGCCUGCUCCCAGCGAGAGCAGGCUCUGGAGGCCACCAAGAGCCUGCUGGUCUGCAACAGCCGGAUUCUCAGCUACAUGGGCGAACUGCAGAGGCGCAAGGAGGCCCAGGUGCUGGGGAAGACAGGCCGGCGACCUUCCGACAGCGUGCCGCCCCCUGAGCGUACCCCUUGCCGUGGCCGGGUCUGCAUUUCUGACCUCCGGAUCCCACUCAUGUGGAAGGACACAGAGUAUUUCAAGAACAAAGGCGACCUGCACCGCUGGGCUGUGUUCCUGCUGCUGCAGCUCGGGGAACAGAUUCAGGACACUGAGAUGGUCCUGGUGGACAGGACUCUCACAGACAUCUCUUUUCAGAACAAUGUGCUCUUUGCAGAGGCAGGGCCGGACUUCGAACUGCGGCUGGAGCUGUAUGGGGCCUGUGUGGAAGAGGAGGGGGCCCUGGCUGGUGCCCCCAAGAGGCUCGCCACCAAACUCAGCAGCUCCCUGGGCCGUUCCUCAGGGAAGCGUGUCAGGGCAUCGCUGGACAGUGCUGGGGGCUCUGGGAACAGUCCCAUCCUGCUGCCUACCCCAACUGUAGGAGGUCCUCGAUUCCACCUCUUGGCCCACACCACUCUCACCUUGGCAGCAGUACAAGAUGGAUUCCGUACCCACGACCUCACCCUCGCCAGUCAUGAGGAGAACCCUACCUGGCUGCCCCUUUAUGGUAGCGUGUGCUGCCGCCUGGCAGCUCAGCCGCUCUGCAUGACUCAGCCCACUGCAAGUGGUACCCUCAGGGUGCAGCAAGCUGGGGAGCUACGGAAUGGGACACUCGUGCACGGAGUCUUGAAAGGCACAAACCUCUUUUGUUACUGGAGGUCUGAGGAUGCAGACACCGGGCAAGAACCGCUGUUCACUAUCGCCAUCAACAAGGAGACGAGGGUCCGGGCAGGGGAGCUGGAGCAGGCCUCAGAAUGGCCUUUCACUCUCAGCAUCAGCAACCAGUAUGGAGAUGAUGCGGUGACCAACACCCUCCAGGUGGAGAGCAGAGAGGCCCUGCAGAACUGGAUGGAGGCACUGUGGCAGCUCUUCUUUGACAUGAGCCAGUGGAAGCACUGCUGUGAUGAAGUCAUGAAAAUUGAAACCCCGGCACCCCGGAAACCCCUGCAAGCACUGGCCAAGCAGGGGUCCUUAUACCACGAGAUGGCUAUUGAGCCGCUAGACGACAUCGCAGCUGUGACCGACAUCCUGGCCCAGCGGGAGGGCACAAGGCUGGAGACGCCCCCACCCUGGCUAGCCAUGUUUACAGACCAGCCCGCCUUGCCUAGCUCCUGCUCGCCUGCCUCAGUGGCCCCAGUCCCAACCUGGACGCAACCCCUGCCUUGGGGGCGACCCCGAACCUUUUCCCUGGAUGCUGCCCCCCCGGACCACUCCCUUGGGGCUUCUCGCUCGGUUGCACCCCUCCCCCCGCAGCGAUCCCCACAGUCCAGAGGCUUCUACAGCAAAAGUCAGCUCGGCGGCGCAUGGCUCCAGUCCCCGGUGUGAGAGAGACACCAGCAACAGAAUCUGGCCAAGAAAGAAAAUGAUGACCCAAGGGCAACUGGGCUCUAGGUCCAGCACUGUGGGGCGCCCGCCAGGCUCUUCUUCCUCCACUGGACUAGAAAGGAAGGCUGGGGAGGGGUAACAGAAGCCCCUCUUAAGUUGUGGUUACCAUGGUACUGAGGGGACCAUUUCUGGAGCUGGUUGGGAUGCCCUAAGCUCUUCCUGGGAGAAAACUGGAACAAGCCUGCCCUACCUCCCCGCACUAACCAGUCUCCAGGGCGGCACUAGGGAACAGGGAGGAAGGCACCUCCUCUGUGACUCCUACAUCGACCAUUAAAGUUAUUUAACAGCUA